AUGCUUAAAAUUGAUAACGACUUCCUGAACAAUAUCAAAGAGGCUCAGAAAUUGGAUGUGAAACUAGUAGACAUUAUUGUUGGUGGUGGCAAAUCCGAAAGGAGUGAUUUUAAGGUGGAGACGCAAGGAGUGUUGAGAUUACAGGAUCGAAUCUGUAUCCCUGAUGACGAUAACAUGAAGAGGAUGAUCUUAGAAGAGGCUCAUCGGAGUAACUUGAGUAUUCAUCAUGGGGCUACUAAAAUGUAUCAAGACUUGAAGAAGAUAUUUUGGUGGCCAAGAAUGAAAGAAUACGUGGCACGUAUCGGAAUGGCACCUUUUGAAGCGUUGUACGGUCAGAGGUGUAGAACUCCGCUAUGUUGGCACGAAUCCGGCGAAGGCGUAGUACUUGGACCGGAAAUUGUACGAGAAACUACAGAUAAGGUAAAGUUAAUCCGGGAAAAGAUGAGGGCUUCACAGAGUAGACAGAAAAGCUAUCAUGAUAAGCGAAGGAAGGAGUUAGAAUUUGAAUCGGGUGACCAUGUGUUUCUAAGAGUCACGCCUGUGACUGGUGUUGGUCGUUCCCUGAAGUCUAAGAAGUUGACUCCAUGA